CUCCUCCUAUGUCCGGUGGUUGAGGGGGUUCCAUUUGGGGGAAAAGCCGCCAAGUCAUUCAGCCCCCAGCGAGUUUGGGGACCCCAGCUAAUUACCCCUUCAUAAGCCUGUGCCCUUGGCUUCUGUCCAUUCCCUGGCGUCCGGGGGCCCUCAUCACCCCCCCCCAAGUGACCCCGCCCAGCAGGCCCUGCCCAGGCCACUGCCACCGACCCACAGGCCCAGGUCCCCGCGCGCGCCCGCGGCUGGAGGGGGCGGGUGCUCCCAACAGCAGGCAGCCAGCUGGUUCCCUUAAGGGCCGGGCGUGUCCCCCUCCCCCCAGAGCUGUAACCCGAGCCUCCAUAGCGCCUCCCCGCUGCCCCGAGCCCCGACAGCGAGUCCGCAGGCGCCAUGGGCCGCGGGGCCUGCGUCCCCUCGGAGGCGUCGGGGACCGGCGACCGGCCCCGCCGGCUCGGAGCCGUGCUGGGCGCGCUGUGCCUCCUCCCCGCGCUCGUGCUGCUGACCCGGCCGGGGGUCCCGGCGGCCCGGCCCGCGGCGAGCGCAGCGCAGGGAGAUGCUGCGCCCCACCCCGCGGGUGUCCCAGCCCCCGCGAGCCUUGGUCCACUGCACCCCCAGGCGCCUCGCAGACGCCGCUACACCCUGACCCCCGCCAGGCUGCGUUGGGACCACUUUAACCUCACGUACAGGAUCCUCUCCUUCCCAAGGAACCUGCUGAGCCCCAGCGAGACCCGGCGGGGCCUGGCCGCCGCCUUCCGCAUGUGGAGUGACGUGUCCCCCUUCAGCUUCCGCGAGGUGGCCCCCGAGCAGCCCAGCGACCUACGCAUAGGCUUCUACCCGGUCAACCACACGGACUGCCUGGUCUCCCCGCUGCACCACUGCUUCGACGGCCCCACGGGCGAGCUGGCCCACGCCUUCUUCCCCCCGCACGGCGGAAUCCACUUUGACGACAGCGAGUACUGGGUCCUGGGCCCCACGCGCUACAGCUGGAAGAAAGGUGACGGCCGGCCUGGCCUCCUGUGGGGGCCCUCACACCACGAUGGGCAUGGGGGUGGGUCUUGGGGGUCGUGGCUGCAGUGGGGCUCAAGCAUGCAGGGAGGGGAAGGCUGUGAGGAGGCCUGGAGGCCUGGGUUCCUGGAGCCUGAAGCCCCCCCACCCCCACACCGCCGGAGCUGGAGCUGCAUUCCUGGGGGCCAGCUCACCGCCUCGCUGGCCUGGAACAUUCUUAUCUUCCCAUGGCUGCGCCGAGGGAGGCUCCCUGCCCUGCCGCAGAUGUGCGGGCCGCGGGGAGUAAGGCCGGCGGGCGGAGGGAGGAGGGCUGGGCCGGGGUCCGAGGCGCUGACCGGCAGGGCCUGCAGGCGUGUGGCUCACCGACCUGGUGCACGUGGCGGCCCACGAGAUCGGCCACGCGCUGGGCCUGAUGCACUCUCAGCACGGCCGGGCGCUCAUGCACCUCAACGCCACGCUGCGCGGCUGGAAGGCUCUGUCACAGGACGAGCUGUGGGGGCUGCACCGGCUCUACGGCUGCCUGGACCGGCUGUUCGUGUGCGCGUCCUGGGCGCGGAGGGGCUUCUGCGACGCCCGCCAGCGGCUCAUGAAGAGGCUGUGCCCCAGCAGCUGUGACUUCUGCUACGAGUUCCCCUUCCCCACGGUGGCCGCCACCGCCCCGCCCCCCAGGACCAAAACCCGGCUGGUGCCGGA